AUGACCAAUCAAUCGAAUUUGAUUGUCAAGAUGUUAAUAUUGAUACACUCAGCUACGAUCAACUAUCCAACUCUAUUCAAUAUCUACGAGUUAUUUAUCGAUUAUGUAUUAUCAGAUGGAAGACCAACAUUCUCUAGAACAUCAAUCGUCAACAAAACUGCCUCGUCAUCAAAUGAUCAACAAUCAACUCUGCUAAUUGGAAUUAGUAUGCCCCAAUCAUCAGAAAGCAUCAUCGAUCCAGAUUUCACACCAUUAUUAAUCGACAAGAGCAGCGAUAGUGGAUGUGACAGUAAAUCAAAUACGUGGAGGAUCGUCGUUGGAGUCGUAGUCGGAGUAUUCGGUGUUGUUGCCAUUGCAGUGGCAUCCAUUAUUUUGGUUCAAAAGAAAAGGGUGGCUAAAAGAUACAAUGCAGAUAUGCAACAUAAACUCGCUAGAAUGAACUAA